UUUUUUGGCCGCACAUGCUUUGUUCGUGCGCAAGAUAAUAAGCUGUCGCGUCAAAGCCUGUCCGUCACCUACAAAAUUGGAGUUGCAUGUGAUUGAACGUUAACAUUCCAACAGUCAUCCACGAAUUGCGAUAAUAUGGCGGUCCAAUGGCAGAAACGGUUUGAUGAAUGUUGGGCCACGUCAUGCUAUGGUGCUGCCUCUUGCUGCGCGUUUUUUGCUUUGUCGGCUAAAAUAUGGCAGCGCAGGAUACAAAGUCAUAUCGCUUAAGCAUGUAUUUUGUUCCCUAUUUAGCGCAAAGGGCCCAGAAUCUUCUCCUGUCCUAGAAGUCAUCGAUAAUAUCUUGCCAUUUGUACCACGGGUGGGCAUUGAAUUGCUUCACAUAGGAGCAGAAUACGUAUGAGGUUAUGCAUAGAAGCACUCGGUACAGCACUCAAGGAUUUGCUGGGCGUGAUGGUGUGCGGUGUGCCGGUGGCACAUUGGCAUAGGAUCGAGUUCAGCGACGGGGAUCAAGUUCGGCCAAAGUCAUAAGAUCGAGUUUGUUUUUGAUCUGCUAAGCCGUAUAUCAUGGUCAAACAGGAAGAGUACUGAGUGGAUGUGGAAAACAACGCAUGCGCUACUAUGUGCUAGCGCUGAUU